AUGGGUUCUAUGUACACAAGUCUGUUCUCCGGGUGGUGUUUCACUAAUAACAAUCCUUGGAUUGAUAAGGGUAGGAUAAUAAUUGCUUGGAACCCGAGAGUUUUCUCUCUGGAUAUCAAGUUAUGUACUACACAAUUAAUUCACUGUUUAGUGCAGCUUCCAAAUCAAACAGGAAGGUUUUUGAUUACCUUUGUGUAUGGUUUCAAUGAUGAUUUUUCUUGGGAGCAGCUAUGGAAUGAUUUACAAGAAUUGGCUGUAGAUAUAACUGAGCCUUGGAUGGUGAUAGGAGACUUCAAUGAGAUUCUUUCACUACAUGAAAGAAUAGGCAAAAAGGUUACCACUAAGAUUUCAAGCAAAUUUCUGGAAUGUUUGACAUCUUGUCAUUUGGAAGAUUUGAAAUUUUCAGGCUGCUUCUAUACAUGGAACAACAAGCAGAGAGCAGAGGACAAGAUGCAAUUGGACAAGAAGCCAUUUAGAUAUUUCUGGAUGUGGAAAGAAGCACCUUGUUAUGAAGACAAAAUCCAGACCAGUUGGAACAUGCCAGUUGUUGGUACUCCAAUGUUCCAAGUCAUAUCUAAGCUGAAAAAGCUGAAACAGGAGCUUCAGGAAAAAUUGCAGAAGGAUCCACUCAAUGACAGGUUGAUUACUCAAGAACAAAUGGCUAGAGAACAGUAUCUUCAUUACCAUAAAGCUUACAUGAUGUUCUUAGCUCAAAAAGCUAAAGCAGUUUGGAUGGUUAAUGGAGAUGAAAAUACUCACAUCUUUCAUGCUUCUCUUAAGGCUAGGAGGAUACAGAAUAGGAUUAUGUCCAUCAAGACUGAGGCAGGGAUUUGGGUAGAUUCUCCUGUAGAUAUAAAAAAGGCUUUUUUUGAUUAUUAUCAAGGCUUGUUGGGGACAGGUAUAAUGCACAGGAAAAGGGUGUCUCGGUCAAUCAUGAAGCUAGGACCAGUUCUAAAUGUAGCUCUUAUUCAGACUCUCACAACAGAUUUUUCAACUCAGGAGGUUAAGGAUGUAAUGUUUGCAAUACCAGGUUUGAAAGCCCCAGGCCCAGUGGAUAUAGCAGCUACUUUUAUCAAGAUAAUUGGAAUUUGGUGGGUUCAGAGGUUACUGCAGCUGUGCUAUCAUUCCUCAAUUCGGUGGAAAACUUAA